AUACAAUGGCUGUACCUCCAUCAUAUGCAGACCUUGGCAAAUCAGCCAGAGAUAUUUUCAACAAGGGCUAUGGUUUCGGUUUGGUAAAACUCGAAGUGAAAACCAAGUCACAGAGUGGAGUGGAAUUCACAACUUCUGGAUCAUCAAACACUGAAAGCGGCAAAGUCUCUGGAAGCUUGGAAACCAAGUAUAAAUGGUCUGAAUAUGGUCUGACGUUCACAGAGAAAUGGAACACUGACAACACUCUGGGCACAGAAAUUGCAAUUGAAGACCAGCUUGCCAAAGGUCUGAAGUUGACAUUUGACACCACCUUCUCGCCUAACACUGGCAAAAAGAGUGGCAGGGUGAAGACUGCCUACAAGCGAGAGUAUAUCAACCUGGGCUGUGAUGUAGACUUUGACUUUGCAGGCCCCGCCAUCCACGCCUCGGCAGUAGCUGGUUACGAGGGUUGGCUUGCUGGUUACCAAAUGUCUUUUGACACGGCUAAAUCAAAACUGACCAAAAACAACUUUGCAGUAGGUUACAAAACAGGCGACUUCCAGUUACACACCAAUGUGAAUGAUGGUGCUGAAUUUGGAGGCUCCAUCUACCAGAAAGUGAGUGAUAAUCUGGAAACGGCAGUGAACCUCGCCUGGACGGCAGGCAACAACAGUACUCGCUUUGGCAUUGCUGCUAAAUACCAGCUUGACCCCACGGCUUCUGUUUCUGCAAAGGUGGACAAUUCCAGCCUAAUUGGAAUUGGGUACAGCCAGGUUCUUAGGCCAGGGAUAAAACUCAACCUGUGCAGCCUGAUUGAUGGGAAGGGCUUCAAUGCUGGUGGUCACAAACUUGGCCUGGGUCUUGAAUUGGAAGCUUAAGAGGAGAACCACCAAUGGAAAGGGAUAUCAGAAGAACACCACGUUUGGCCGUGAAAUGUAAUUCCAACUUGAGCAACAGGCUUUUCCGGAAAGAAAGGUUCAAAUCAGCCACAUACCUGUAUUUUUAGUACUUUACUAUGUCAUUUGUUCUUUAGUGUGAAAUUGGUUCUCUAGAAGGUGAUAAAGAAGUCAUAGAUCACUCGUAAUUUAAGAUGUAUUUAACUGUUAAUACACCAAUCUAAAUAAUGAAAAAGCCUAUAUAAAGGAAGUCGUGAGUGCAUGUUUCCUGAUUAAUGUCCACUUUGAGACGUUGUGCUAUGUCAGUUCAGCUGUGACUGGAUAAAAUGAAAUUAUCCAAAUUGUUCUUAAAACAUUUUAUGGAUUCUGUGUAUAGCAAAAUUCAAACUAUUUUCGGUAUCCCAAAUCCAUACAGUUGAUGCUGAAUGAUAAUUAAAAAAAUCAAAUCCA